CGCCGAGGCGUUUGCUGCGUUUGUCGCGCCCUCGCCGUAUUUCGCAUUUUGCUUCCUUCUGUUCCUAAUCGUCUCUUGGCACAGCACUAUACAACCGUAAACCUAGAAUUUCUCCGUGUGUUUUGUGUUUCUUUGGGGCCAUGAUGAUAAUCGCUGAUUUAACAUUGAAGUCGGAAUUAAGUUUGUACACAACACCUGGUAAAAGUGUUUAAAUUAGCGAUUACAAGCACAAUAAAUAAAAUAGAAAAAAAAAAAAAAAAAAAAANUUUCGCUCUUAUAAAAACAGACUGAGAUAAACAAUUAUAUUGCUCUUUCUAUAGAAGCGGAUUGAGAAACACAAAAACUCGACGGUAAAACAACUCUCAAGCCGAUUAACAAAGAAAACCUCGCAAAGAGGAUAAAAAUAUAUGAACAAUAGAUACAAGACACAAAAGCAGAAACAAAAGAACCAAAAACAAAAACACUCAACCGAUUGAUCAAAGCAAUUCAGAUUAUUGAAGAACCAUGGGCAUUGACAAGUUGCAAGCAUAUUUGGAAAACUACUGCCCGGGAGGGUGUAUACCGGUGGACUUGUUGAAGAUAGGUCGUUUACAUCCUCAACAAAGGCAACGUGCACGUAUGAUAAAAGGUCAACCUAUACACAAUUCUAAAUUUAGACUGGUGCUGGACGGAGAAUGUUGCCUGGAUAGACUUUAUGGUGGAUUCUUUUCAGAUUGGGCAUGUGGUGGUCAGUGGAAUCGCAUGCUCCAGUACCUCGCCGUACUGAUACAAGCUACAGAAAUGUCAGGAUUGGAGUUGGUUGUGUUCUUUAACGGCUCUCUUGAACCUUUAAGAAAUGACGAGUGGAUUGAACAACAAUUGCAAAUGCGUGCUAAAGUCAAUAACGUUUUGAAACAUAUAACAACGAAAGGCACACCACCGCCAAAAAUCUGGUGGACUCCGCCUGUAGGUUUACGAACAAGUCUACGUAUGGCUCUUAGGCAUCUUAAUGUUACAGUUUUAUGUACGAUGGAUGAUCAUCAUCAAGAAGUAAUAGCUUAUAUUCGUGAGAAUAAUUUCAAUGGAUUACUUGCUGACGACGCCGAGUACGCCGCGUUCGAUCCGCCACGCUAUUUCUCAUCUACGCAAUUGAAACUCACGUACAAGGGUUCACUUGACACGAAAGAGUAUUUACUACCGGAACUCAUUAAAGCUCUCAACAUACCAGCGGACAGACUCUGCAUAUUGGCAGCUUUGCUUGGAAAUGACAUACUGCACGAGAACGAUUUGCUUGACUUUUACAAGAAACUCAACAUUAGCAUCAACGUGGUGAGCAAAGCGGGUGUUGAACACACCGUGAAGACGCUAUCGAACUUUGUGAAGGAACUGCCGUCAGUGGAACUGGAAGUGGUUUCGCUUAAAGUCUUCGGUUCGGCUUCCGAUACUAGAUGCUCCAAGUUGCGACAGUCCAUUCAAUAUUACUUGAACGGCACGAAAGAAGGUUUCUUGCACUACAAGCCUGCGAAACAAGCGAACUUGCCGAAAGUUAAGAAUUAUCACGAAACCAAGUCAACAACUCAACCAAAUGCGGACGCGGAUGCUACGUCAGAAAGUGAUGCAAACUUGGAAACUUCGAGAUUUGCUUCUGAGACCUUGGAAAGGGAGCGAGAGAGUUUGAAUGCUUACAAGCAGGCCACGGCCAACGCGAAAUCGGCUCCGCAGAUCGUAAUCGAACCACCCGGCAUACCACAGGUCCAUGGAGACGUGGACAACAUACGGACUGAAGACGAACAAAACGACGGACCUGCCAUUAAUGGAUCAUCUCAUCUCCUGAUAAGUUCGUCGAGUUCGAGCAGUAGUUCUUCCGCUACGUCUCCGUCUCAUGGAACGUCGCACGAACCUACAGGCGAAGAUCAACAACGAGCGGAACAAGAGCCGGAGAAGCGAGAACGAGAGCAAAGAGAACAAGAGCAAGAAUGUCAACCAGCCGAAAAGAUCAGUAUUCCAACAACAUCACCGGAAGUUAUGCGUACCGCUUCCGAGCGUCAUCAGAAGGGACUGAUGUCAACCUACAUCUAUCAAAUUCUAACCGCCGGCGAGAUCAAACUGCCGGUUCUUCUUGAGGAUGAGAACCAUCGUGAAAUUCCUUCCAUUCAUUUAAUUUACAGACCGAUUCGACAAAUGGUAUACGCCAUUCUGUUCAAUCUUCAUCAUCGUAUAUACAUGGCGACAAAGAGCAAAGAAAAGGGAGAGAGCGAGAAAGUGGAGGUUCCGGACGUGAUCAUAAAGGAAUGGGUUUGGUCCAAGUCAAAUCCUUAUCAAACUCCGGAACUGGUGAAGGCUGAACAAAUUGGCUGGGGAGUGCCUACAAUUCAACGUCUGUGGUUUGGCACAGUUAUUGAUGACAAGCGUCGUAGACUUAGAGGAUUCCUGACUUGCAUGAGGUCCGAUACACCUCUCAUGCUGAACACCUCUUACGUUCCCCAACACUUGUUGGUUAUGGCUUGCGUAUUAAGAUACAUCAUGUCCUUUUCCGACAAGAUCAAGAUCCUGCGUCGUCAGGAAUUGGACGCUUUUAUCGCCCAAGCUUUCUCACCGGAACUUAUGAACGCUCAGUAUUUGCAGGACUUGCAGCUAUCGUUGGUGACAUCGCGGGGUGUGCAGCUGGCUACUUUGUUCAUGGCCGGUGUCGAGACCGCGCUAUUGGCGAAUGACGCCUGCGGCGCCCCCAUACCCUGGCUUAUGUGCUGCCCGUGGCUUUACUUCGACGGAAAACUGUUCCAUCAUACACUUGCGCGCACCACCAUCGCGAAGAAUUUGUUGGAACUCUGCAGUGGUCACAUCGAUCGCGUGAUGAAGGUCGAGAGAAUGAGGAAAGCGAUACUCGAGGGAAUCACGGUUGUGUUCGCCAGACCGCCUUUACCUGUGACACCAGCGGGAAUACGCGUGUCAAUUCCCUCGAACAUCCUGCCUGCCGGAUGUGCCAUCAACGACGGUAUAUUGCGUGGACGCGGGAGCGGAACGAUUCCACAGCGUGGAAUCAUGAGACGUCCCAUUCCGUCGCGCGGUGGUCAACUGGAGAUUGCGGGUGUUGUUGUGGGCCAAUGGGGCCCGAAUUACGGACAACCCGGUCGACUUCCGCAACCAUUGCAGGGCCAUCCCCGCGCACGAAUCCCACCCCAGGUAACGUCUAUCGGCGGGCUUAAAUACGGUCUUCCUCGUGGUAUUCCAUUAGCACGACCAACAUUUCAAACACGCGGAGUGAAUCGUGUGCCCACUACCGCCGGACGUGGAAAGAAAACUCAAAUGAAGGUGACCACUAAAAAGAAAGCUCCUCUCAAAAAGAACAAAGAAAUCGAAAAGAAAGAUAGCAAAAAUCGUAUCACUAUAGACGGAAUCACCGAUUAUAACGAGACUCAAACUGAUCAAAACGAAGUUCAUAAACACAAAGACGCGCUGCCCGCGACAGGGCAGUUCGAUGACGCAGUGGAAAACGGAAAGGGCAUGGAGAAGGGGCAAGGCGAUGCGCCACUCAUUACCACAGAAAAUUAGAUAUCGUUAUGCACACAGUUACACAUACACACGUUCCACACAUACACACAUACACAUACACACACACACACACACGACACAGACGAAUUUUCAAAAAGAAAUGACUAUUACUCCCGGAUUGUGACUCAAGACUGCUAAGAAUCUUACUUAUAUGUUUUGAACGAUUACGCACAGGUAACAUUCGAGUGUGGCUGCCGGUGAACAAAAUAAUUGCGCGAGUUUUUUUUUCCGAUCUAAAUUUGAAAAACUGCUUUUCAAAAUUGAAAACAAUUCUCUUCUGUGUGUAUUACCAAAAUUAAACCAUUUCGCGAAUUUCUCAUUUUAUUUUUCAAUUAUCUCAUUUAUAUUUCUCAUUUAUUUUUCAAUUAUCUCAUUUAUAUUUCUCAUUUAUUUUUCAAUUCAAUCUUUCGAACCGAUCCAUAGAAAUUUUUGUGAUUAAAGUUUUCGAGAUGUGAUCGAAAUUGCAUUCCAAAUUUCAAUCUUUUCCAAAAAAAAAAAAAAAGAUUCGAUUUAUUUGUCAUUUUGAGAUACAAGAUCGUAAUUGCAAAUUUCGAAAAAACGAUGAAAUAAUUUAAUUAAUUUGUCAUUUCGAGAAAUGAUCGAAAUUGCAAAUGUCGAUCUUUUCGGAAAAAAUGAUGAAACAAUUUUAUUUCGAGAUAUAAUCGAAAUUGCGAAUUUCGAUCUUUUCCAAAAUAAUGAUAAAACAAUUUGAUUGAUUUGUCGUUUCGAGAUAUUAUUUAAGAUAUAAUCGAAAUUGGAUUGCAAAUUUCGGUCUUUUCCGAUAUGAAAAACUGAUGAAAAAAAAAUUCGAUUAAUUUGUCAUUCCGAUGAGUUCGGACGAGAAAUUGGCAGACGGUCGCGCGAAUGUUACGUGCGCAAUGGUUCCAAAGCUCUUACGGGGCCAAAUAUUGCACUAAUGAUAGGAGAGACAUAAAAAAAGAAAAUCUUCGGCUCAACGGCGCCCCCCGGGUGUGAUCCCCGGGACACCGUUGGAGAGUGGAAGAUUUCACCACGUUCGUGACAUGUACGCGAUUUUUUUCAAUGUCGUCACUGCCAAAACGUACCAUUUAUGUAAGAUAGAAAAGACAAAGAAAAAUCGCGCUCGUACUAACUAAGGACGAAAAACAAAACAAAAAAAAAAAAAGAAAAAAAAAUGCGCAGCGAGCGCUUGUCCGCGCUCGCCGAUUAUUUAAAUGGAAUAGAACUCGACUGAUUAAAAGUACGCGUGCGCUAAUUUUACUACUCGAGAAAAAAAAAAA